AGCCCAGUGAGUUGUCUGUCUCCCAUUGUCAACAGUAUUUUGUAUGCGGGAGUUUACUGAUGAAAAGAGCCGUUUAUCAUUAGUUAAACAACUUUGAACCGAUUCGAUAAUUUGAACCAUUUUCACUGACAAUUAGAGCACAUAUAAAACGAAAAAAUGAACGUGACUCUGGCUGUCAAGCAGUACAUUUCCAAAAUGAUAGAGAGCAGCGGACCCGGGAUGAAGGUGCUGCUGAUGGACAAGGAGACGACCAGUAUUGUGAGUGUGGUCUACACUCAGUCUGAGAUCCUGCAGAAGGAGGUCUACCUUUUUGAGCGCAUUGACUCACAAAACCGGGACAACAUGAAGCACCUUAAAGCGAUCUGCUUUCUCCGGCCAACCAAGGAGAACGUAGAGCACCUGAUUCAAGAGCUUCGUCGGCCCAAGUAUAGUGUCUAUUUCAUCUAUUUCAGUAACGUGAUCAGUAAGAGUGAGAUAAAAGUUUUGGCUGAGGCAGAUGAACAGGAAGUAGUUGCAGAAGUGCAGGAGUUCUAUGGAGAUUUCAUUGCUGUGAACCCUCAUCUUUUCUCCCUCAACCUUCAAGGAGUAUCCAGGGGUCGCAGUUGGGAGCCGAGUGUGCUGCCUCGUGUCACUCAGGGUUUGACAUCAGUGCUGCUGGCCCUGAAGAAAUGCCCCAUGAUCCGCUACCAGCUCUCUUCUGACAUGUCCAAAAGGCUGGCAGAGAGCGUCAAACAAAUCAUUACUAAGGAGUAUGAACUGUUUGACUUCAGAAAAACAGAAGUACCUCCUCUUCUCCUGAUUUUAGACAGAAGUGAUGAUGCCAUUACUCCCCUUCUCAACCAGUGGACGUAUCAGGCCAUGGUUCAUGAGCUUCUGGGCCUCAAUAACAACCGCAUAGACCUGUCGAGAGUGCCUGGAAUCAGUAAGGACCUACGGGAGGUGGUCUUGUCUGCAGAAAAUGAUGAGUUUUAUGCAAAUAACUUGUACCUGAAUUUUGGUGAGAUUGGAACAAACAUCAAGAACCUGAUGGAGGAUUUUCAGAAGAAAAAGCCCAAGGACCAACAGAAAUUAGAGUCAAUAUCUGACAUGAAGGCAUUUGUGGACAACUACCCCCAGUUUAAGAAAAUGUCGGGCACGGUCUCGAAGCACGUGACCGUGGUUGGGGAGCUGUCCCGGCUGGUCAGUGAAAGACAGCUGAUGGAGGUGUCAGAGGUGGAGCAGGAGUUGGCCUGCCAGAGUGACCACUCCAAUGCACAACAGAGCCUGAGGCGGCUCCUGCAGAACCCUCGGCUUUCUGAAAUCGACGCUGUGCGGCUGGUGAUGCUGUACGCGCUUCGCUACGAGAAACACAGCAGCAGUAUUCUGCCCAGCCUUAUGGAAGAGCUCAAUCGCAAAGGGGUGUCAGAGAGACACCGCAAGAUGGUGCAGGCCAUGGUGGAAUAUGGCGGAAAACGAGUCAGAGGAAGUGACCUCAUUGCUCCUACAGAUGCUGUGGCCAUUACCAAGCAGUUUUUCAAAGGACUUAAGGGAGUUGAAAAUGUGUACACACAGCAUCAGCCGCUUCUACAUGACACGCUGGAUCAGCUGAUCAAGGGUCGUUUGAAGGACAGCCAGUUCCCCUACCUCGGGCCAAGUUCUCUGAGAGACAGACCUCAAGACAUUAUAGUCUUCAUAAUUGGCGGGGCCACUUACGAGGAGGCGUUUACUGUUUACAACCUGAACCGCACAAUGCCAGGGGUACGCAUCAUACUCGGGGGCACGGCCAUUCACAACACUAAGAGCUUCCUGGAGGAAGUGAUGCUCGCAGUGGGUUCGGGUGGAGACCGGGCACAAGGACGAGGCCGUCAGAUGAGCCGACGUUGAGCUGUUAUCAUCACUCAUAUUAAUGUGUGCUGUCUUUUCUCUCUCCUAACAUUCCUUUCAAAUGUUUCAGUUUUAGGGAGGAAAAUGGUCACACUGCACA